AUUGCUUACUAUUUGUUCAAACGUAAUGAGAAUUAAUUAAUUAUCCUAGCUCGUAUGUACGCUCAUAUCCGAAUAGUACAUGAUACUGAACCGAUAUCCAUGAAAUCCAGCCUAAUGGAGCUAUUUGAGUGCAAAAAGAAAAUUGUAUUUAAAUUUUGAAAAAUUACGAAAAAUACUUCUACUAAGUGACUUGAACUUACAAAGAUGGACUGUGAGAAUAAUAAAGGAACUGUUGAUACGGUGCAAGUGGCUUUACGAAUUAGGCCCCUAAUGCCUGAAGAAAUAAAACGUGGGUGUGAUGAAUGUAUAUCUGUAGUCCCUGGGGAGCCUCAAGUUCAAAUAAAAGACCUUGCAUUCACGUACAAUUAUGUAUUUCCACAACAUAUCACACAACAAGAGUUUUAUGACACUGCAGUCAAAGCCCUCAUAGAAAAAUUAUUUCAAGGAUACAAUGUUACAAUACUUGCUUAUGGACAAACUGGAUCAGGAAAAACAUACACAAUGGGUACAAAUUAUUCAGGUGAAGGAGAUACAACAAAAUUAGGAAUAAUACCACUGGCUGUUGCUGAUAUAUUUGACUUCAUAGAUGUCAAUGAGAACAAGUUUACUUUCAAAGUAACAGUUUCGUUCAUGGAACUGUAUCAGGAGCAGUGCUAUGACCUUCUCUCCGGCAAGGAGCGUGGACACAGUGUCAUAGACAUUAGAGAGGAUAUCAAUAAAGGUGUACAUUUGCCAGGCAUCACAGAACUGCCAGUAACAUCCACUGCGGAGACAAUGCUGGUGCUGGAGAAGGGUUCCAUUGGCCGAGUGACAGGAUCCACAGCCAUGAACCAAGCAUCCAGCCGAAGUCAUGCUGUCUUCACCAUAAUGGUUGCUAAAGAGAGUAAGACUGACAAAAACCUUGCAACUACCUCAAAAUUUCACUUUGUGGAUUUAGCUGGGUCGGAGAGAGUUAAAAAGACAAAAGCAAGCGGUGAAAGACUUAAAGAAGGUGUAAAGAUAAAUCAAGGUCUCUUAGCACUAGGGAAUGUGAUAUCUGCACUGGGUGACGGCACCAACAGAAGCUUCAUCAGCUACAGAGACAGCAAGCUGACGAGGUUGUUGCAAGACAGUCUGGGUGGCAACUCGCUGACGAUGAUGGUGGCGUGCGUGAGUCCCGCAGACUACAACUUGGACGAGACGGUGUCGACGUUGCGGUACGCGGACCGCGCGCGUCGCAUCCGCAAUAAGCCCGUCAUCAACCAGGACGCCAAGGCCGCUGAGAUCAUCAGAUUAAACAACUUGGUGAAUGAACUGAGACUUCAGUUAGUAGGAAAACUGCCAACCAUCAAUGAAAAUGGUGAUGAGCAUUUAAGAGAAGAAUUAGAAAUAGAAAAAGCAAAAUAUGCCGAUCUCAUGAAGAAACACAAGCAAAUGACUGAACAUCUUAGCAAUGUUCUGAUAGAAAAUACAAAUUUAUGUGAGAAGGCACUACUAGCGGAGACAGCCAAGGAUAAGAUUGAAAGAAAACUGAAUGAAUUGACAGAACAGUGCAAUCAAACUAUUGAUAAUUUGAAUACAACUGACAAAGUUUCUGAUGAAGAACAAAAGAACAGUGUUGUUGACUAUCUUAAAGAAAUUAAAGGAAGGCUAGAGGAUUUGCAAUUUGUUAACAUGAAGACCAAUGAAGAAUUAAUUGAUCAUGAAAUUAAACUGUCGUAUGUUAAAGAAGAAAAUGACAGUGAAAAAGUUGAUGAUGGAAUUCCUCUUAAUGAAGAUCAAGCUGUUAUGGAGGAAGAGAAAAGAGCCAUGGGUCAGGUUGCAUUGAAUCAAGAAUUGCAAGAGUUAAAUCGAGCUAUGGCUAUCAAAGCUUCAGUUGUACAAGCUAUACUUGCUAGUAAUAAAGAUGUUAUAGAUAGCCACCAUAAUCUAAAAGAAAAUGAAGAGAAGAUUGCUCAUUUGGAGAAGGAGAGAGAUGAGCUCAUGCAGCAGUUGAAACAAACUAAGACUAGAAACUCGACACACGAUGAACUUCGUACCAAGCUAUCCACAUUGGAGUCGGAGAUAUCUGAUCUGAAGAAGAAAUGCCAACAACUUGCCAACAUUAUCAAAAUAAAAGAAAAGAAUGAAGCUAAGAUCGCUAUACUCAACGCCGAAUUGCAAGCUAUGAAAGUGAAUAAGGUGAAAAUAAUCAAACAAAUGCGUGAAGAAAGUGAGAAGUUCCGCAAAUGGAAGGCAGAUAAUGAACGAACUAUGCUGCGACUGCGCAAUGAAGACAGGAAACGUGCGAAUGCGAUGGCCAAGAUGGAGUCUCUACACGCAAAGCAGCGUAAUGUGCUCAAGCGCAAGAUGGAGGAAGCCGUCGCCGUCAACAAACGUCUCAAGGAAGCUCUAGAUAGACAGAAGCAGUCCAACAUGAAACGCAACGCUAAAGGUGUUGUCAAAACUGGUGCCAUUCAGCAGUACAUUGAGCAGGAACUUGAAGUACAUCUCAGUAUUGUGGAGGCUGAGAAAUCGCUGAACGAACUAAUGGAAUACAGAGCGUGGGUGACAGAACAGAUAGCGAUACUCAAGAACAGUCCAGAUGAUGAGGCCAAUAGAGAGAAGUUGGCUGAACUGGAAAAUGACCUCGCGCUGCGGAAGGCGCAGAUAUCCGAUCUGCAGCAGAAGAUGUUAAUAGCAGACCAAGAGAACAAAACUCGCACUCAAUGGGAUAAUAUUCAGACAAUGAUAGAAGCUAAGGCGGCGCUUAAAUGUCUAUUCGAGUUUUUAGUGGAUACAAAGAAAGAGCUGCAGAACAAGAGUGAGAACGGCUACCAGUCGAGAUACGAGGAAGUGAAGGAGAAGUACGACAGACUGGUUGUGGAGUUUGAGAACCGGAAGACCGAACUCGAAGCACAAUUAGUUAAGGUGAAACAGCAAUGUGAAGAGAAGGUGAGUUUCUUGCUGGCGUUACAACGUGGUGUGACUGUAAGAGGUGAGAAGAACGAGGCGUGCAAGCAGCUGCAGGCUGUCAUACAGUACCAGCAGGACCGCCUCGAACAGUUGGAGAUUGAAAAUAAAAAGUUAUCUGAUGAGCUGGAGGAGUUGCAAUCGUUCUAUGCUAACGCAAAGAGGCAGAAGAAACAACAUGUUUACCCCGUUACUGACGAGGAGGAUGUAGACUCUGAGAAAGACCCCGACUGGGUUGCCACACCUUUGUUCAAACGGAUACAGGCUCAACGUUCUCGCCUUAAAAUGAAUUGGUCUGUGAACGAUGCGGACUCAGCGCGAGCGACAAAACGUAACUAUGAAGGUGUUCCGCACUGCACCUGUCGCGGCUCCUGCUCCACCAAGAUCUGUGGCUGCGUGAAGACCAGCGUCAGCUGCGGCACCGCCUGCCGCUGUCAGCACGCGCUCUGCAAGAACCGCAACCACGCAGCGCAACACCACGACAAGGAGAACCAAGUAAGUUACCUCCGACACCUACAAUAGACGUAACGAAGGUGUCCCGCACUGCACCUGUCGCGGCUCCUGCUCCACCAAGAUCUGUGGCUGCGUGAAGACCAGCGUCAGCUGCGGCACCGCC